AUGGCCUCACUCGAGGAGAAUGUUCUCGUCGCAAUCUUCCUCCUGAUUAUCACGUUGCUGCUACUCAUCCCGUGCACAGCAAUCAAGUUGUGCUGCGUCGCCUUCAGGAAAACCAAGAGGACCAUCCACUGUCAGUGUUCAGUCUGCGUACGUUCCGGCAAGUACCGCAAGUCCAUAGCCAAGCGGGUAUAAAUUCCCCCGUCCCUGGAAUUUCGCUGAUUUUUCUUGUAACUUUAUUUUUUCUUAUUCUUUGUUGGAUUGAUGUCUUAUUCUCGUCUUGUCUUAUUGCAGAUUUCGAAUUUCUCAACGUGUUGUAAUCUAACUCUAUUAUUGUUCUGGAUUUUUGUGGCGGUUCUUGUCUUCUACAUCAAUUAUCUAAGGCUUGAGGUGAGUCAACGAUUGUCUAUGGAUAAUUUUUACUUUAUAGUAAUAUAUGUACAUAUAAAUAUAUAUAAUAGAACGGGCUGAAAGUUCAAAAGUCAUUGCGUCGUUAAAUUUAGAAGAUUUUUUUUUGGAAAAUUUUGGACCGAUUACAUUGCCAGGAGUCUUUAAAUGGCAGCUAUCCAUCCGCUUACAGGGAUUAUAGCUCUCGGCACUCUUAUGUGGAAGGAAUUAUCUAACUUAAACCUAUUCCGUUUUUAUUCCCCUUUUUCUUCCUCACAUUUUUUGUAUCAUUUUCUAAAUUUUACACGUUAAAGGAAAACUCUUCUAUCAAUAGGAAAAAUUUAGUGAUUGUAAUCCCGCCAUUAGAUCAUUUGAUGAUAUUUACCUUUCGACGUGAACUGUGGGGUAUCCAAUUCUAACGAUUGAUUUUAGGUGUACUGAAAGCACUAAUGAUUACGUUACUGGAAACAUUACAUCAGGUUAUGUGCAUGUGGAAUGAUAUCAAAUCAGUAUAUUAAUAGGGAAAGGAACACGAUCAAGUUUUAAGUAAUUUUUGUGUACAACAUGCCGAAGGAAUGCAAAAGUAUUCCAUUAUCACAUUGAUCGACGCUCAACAUUACUUGGACGAAAAUUAUGCUUCUGGGAUGUAUGGCCUCUGAAACUUUCUAUCUUUUGGAAGCAUCCUUGGAAACCGCUAAUGAACUCUUUCCCUAUUAAUAGCAUCUUUAUCAAGUAAAAAUUGGGAGGUUCAAUAACCACGAAAAAUUCAAUAGCCUAUGACAAAGGUUCAUGAAAUAUUUUUUUCAGUUUUCUCAUUUCCUUAAGGAUAACGGGUUUGAUUAUUUCUUAUUACAUGUAUCCUAGAAUUUAUGCUGAUGAUUUCACAAAUUUGUUUUUAAGGAAAUUGUGAGGAUAACGUGAUAAUUAUCAGUAAAAUGUAACGUCCAAGUUCUAUUUUCUGGAUGAUUUCCUUAAAAGAAGUUCAUGAUAAGAUAAUAAUUUCCUGUGCAGAGCGUGUGCUAGUUAAAGUUUUGGAACAUGACUGUUUAAAUCAACCAAUCAAAGAGAAUGCUUGUGUGAGAGGCAUUCUCCAUAUUUUUUUAUUUUAGCGUGUUUCAAUCCAUCCAAGAAAAUAUGGUAUUAUAGACAUUUUUUCUUCUCUUUACUGAAGGACCAAUUUAGGUUACAUCAAUUAAGUACGAUUAGUAACAUGGACGUCGGUUAUAUGUGAUUUCACGUAAAUUCAAAAGCUAGAAGCAGCGUCAGACAACUGGAAAGUCAAAAUUUUGGUAUCAGUGCUCAGUGGGACUAAGUCUGGGUCUGCUCUAAUCUGUGCCAGUAUGAAUCAAAACCAUUUUAAAAUUGUGUAUUGUCUUUAAAAGCCUUCAAAAAUGUGACUUGGGUGAUCCCUGGGCAGAUCAGGUAAGAGCCUGAGUCAGAUUCAUUGGUUGCAGCGGUUUGCCAAGUCAAUUUGAAAAACUGAGUUUAAUGACGGAAAAUAAUCUAAUAUACAUAUCCCCAAAGUGACUGAACGUGUGGGCUUAUUUGAGAUGCAAUACGUUCCAUCAAGUUGUCCUGUUAUCCUGAUUGUCUAAUCUCUUAUUUGAUUGAGUUUGGUUCAUAUUGGUGUUAUAUCCGAGUUCUCGAGUUUCUGAUAAAGAAAUCUAGAGAAAUGUUACUCUUAGAUCCUCUCCAGUGCGUUUGGAUCCGUACAUUUUAGCUCUUCUAACGACUCAUGUUCUAACAUACGAACUCGAAACUUGAUGGACGGUUUUGCUCCUUUUUUGAGCUUUUUAUUGAGCUCCUAUUGUCUCAAUGCUCUUUGAGGCAGGCUAAAGUUUGACGAAUGGUUAGAUCAAAUUUUUAAACUCGCUCAGCACCUUGGUACCCAGGCUAUGUUAUAUUUGACUUGGGGUUCAUAGAAGAAGGUUUAUGAUUGAUUGGUUACUCGUACACUCUUUUUGGACUCCUUUAUAUUUGCAGAUCUCUCAGAAAAAUAGACUAAAUGUUUGAGACAUGAGUUUAAAUAUCUAUUCUUUUGUUUCUUUUGAUUGUUUCUUGCCAUUUAUACAGCAUUCGAUGAUAAUUAUUGUCAAAGCUAAAAAUCGAAUGAACUGAGAAAUUAAUCGACGCAUAUCGUGACUCGGAUGUGACACUUAGCAUCUCUUUUCUUUUCAUUUAGUUUAUUCGUCAGAGACCACAAUUUGAACCGUACAGUAUUCUUGGAUUAGAGCAAGGAGCUUCAGAUUCAGAAAUAAAAAAGGCCUACCGAAGACUCUCCAUUAUGUACCAUCCCGACAAAAAUCCAGACCCAGGUUGAAUAUUUUCCAUGAGACUUCUUGCUUCCAUUCUUUAUGUGCUAAAUUUUGGAGGAAAUAGAAUUUUUCUCAUCUGACUCCAUUCCAAAUGUUUCCAGAGGCACACAAACAUUUUGUCGAGUUUAUAUCUAAGGCUUAUCAAGCUUUAACAGAUCCUGUUUCGCGUAGUAAUUAUGCAAUAUAUGGGCAUCCAGAUGGGAGACAGGUAAUCUUUUUUUCUGUCCUAAACUUAAUUUCUGCAGGAUUGAUCAUAAAGUGGGUAACUGAAAUUUAAAAUUGUAUGGUUCCAGGGUUUUCAUGUGGGAGUUGCCUUACCUCAGUUCUUAUUGAAUUUUGGUGGUGCCUCUGGUGGUGUAAUUCUACUUGGAGUUGUUGGUAUUGGAAUCCUUUUACCUUUGAUAGCAGCAGUCGUAUACCUCUCGAGGUCAUCAAAAUACAGCGGGAACUAUGUGAUGCACAACACUCUAUCAGCAUAUGACAAUUUGAUGAAAUCUUCGCUGGCUCCAAGGUAAACGAUGCUUACAAUUAAUUCUCCCCGUCAUGUUUCAUUGUAAAAGUUGCCUUUUGAACUUGGUCCCGAGAACCAUUCUGAAAUAUCAUUUAACAUUUUACUGGAUCUUUUUUUUAAUGCCUUUUUUUUUGUUGAAGUGCUUGAUGUUCUUGAUUGGUUCUCAAUUUAGACACGGCAUCGUGCCUUAAAAAACAGGGUUUAUAUCCUUUGGUGAUUCAGUAUUCUCACCAGAAUAUAAGCAUACUUAUUAAUCGAUUUAAUAAAGUUGUAAUUUUAAAUUAUACAGAAAGGUACUGAAUGUCCUCAUUAAGGCCUCGGAGUACAUGGAGAUCCCUGCUCGUAGAAGUGACGAUGAACCCCUUCAGAAACUGUUCCAUGCUGUUCGCAAUGAGUUGAAGCUAGACCCCAAGAAUAUAAAAGCAGAGCAAGCAAAGUUUUGGAAGCAACAUCCAGCCUUAAUCAAGGUACCUCAUUUAAAUUAUUAUCUGGUGUAAUCAUAGAUGAUCAUUUUCAUUUUUUAUGGGAUUAUUUUAACUUCUUUUGUUUUAUCUGUAAUACAGGCAGAGCUAUUGAUUCAGGCCCAGUUAACUCGUGAAACGGCAGCUUUGCCUUCUUACUUGCGUGUUGAUUUUAGACGUGUGAUGGAACUCGCUCCUCGUCUUCUUGAAGAAUUAUUUAAGGUUAAGUCCAUUAUUUAUACGUAGAUUAUGUUCAGUACAGGUUCUUCAGACCAUUGCAUGCCUGAUCCUGGAGGGGUAUAGUAGUUAUCUCAUUAACUAUCUGCUACCAUGUUUUCUAGAUAACUUCAGGGACAUUCUCCAUACCAUGUAGAACACACCAAAGGAUCUUAUCUACUCUAUCUUUCUUGACUAGUGCUAAAUUACGUGGUAUUCUGAGACUAAAUGUGACCCUUGUGGUCAUUGAGACUGUCCAAUCCUAGCAACAUGAAAUUAUCCGCACAUAUCUAGUAUUUGUUGUCUGUCAAUAAGAUUUCAGUAGUAAACUCCAUGGACGACCUCAAGAGAUACUCCUAUCUAUAUGAGGUUCAACUGUUGACGAAUCAGGCAGCAUGGAUCUUACAUAGCUAAAUAUCCUUUUUACAUCGGAUUCAGAGUCCUCAACCUCCAGAUCUGCCGUCUUUAAUCAUUCCUUGAUUUUCCUUCAAGAGAUUCUGAAUUUUACUAUAUCACAAUGGGUUCUUGUUCAUGGCCAUCAAUAUGUGUAUUUGCAGUUUUUUACGAGCUCUGUGAUCUUGUAUGAUGUUCUAGCUAAUUUUUCAGGCUAUGACAUUCGAUAUCCAGUUAGUUUUCUCAUUAAUACACAAGGUCUCUGCAAUUUUGUGCUUUUUCUCACUCUAUCCUAAUUUCUCUGCUUAACAAAUGAUCGGGUGAUUAGAUAUUUAUGUAGGCAUAUAUGGUUUUCAAUCUCAUAUACCAUCGACCAUGUUUAACUCGUUAGCUUUAGCUCCAUGUGGGUGACUCUAUAUCCUAACCUCGUUUCUAAUUGCAGAUAUCAGUCAUGCCACGAAGCCCUGAUGCUCAUGGAUGGCUCAGGCCUGCCAUCGGAGUGAUUGAGCUUUCCCAGUGUAUCAUUCAGGUUGACCUCCUUUCUCUAUAGGAACGUGCUGCCUCAUUAUUUUCUAGAUUUAUCGCCACAGAAACCGACGCAAGAUUGACAAAAAAUUAAAUAAACUAGGUUUUGAGAAGUAAUUGACACUAAAUUGCUGUUCCCGAAUAAAUGAGGCUUAGAUUUAUAUCCCCAAACUUGGGACAUUAAUGGUUCGGAGAUCUUCUGGGAUCUUCAUCCUUAUCUGAUUGCUUCUCGGUCAUGAAAUCUAAAUAUAUCUCAGAAUUCCUUGGCCCAUUACUGCUGUUUGACAUAAUUUCAGUUCUUGAUAAGAUCAUUCAUUCUAUGAAAAAAAAGAAGCCAAAUGCUAUCUCCAUAGUUCAUUACUUGAAUAUAUCUGUGGGUCUUCAUCCGCCCCCCACACAGAGUGAUAUAUAUGUACCUGCAGGCAGUACCGUUAAGUGCUAGGAAAGCAGCGGGGGGUUCCACCGAAGGCAUUGCUCCCUUUCUGCAACUUCCACAUUUCAGUGAGGACAUCGUCCAAAAAAUUGCUCUCAAGGUAUGACUAAAUUUAGUAAAUUUUGAAUUGGUUUGAUUUCCUAUUUAUUGGCAUGAGAGAAGAAUCCCAUAAAGACCCCAUUUUGCAUCCUACCCAAAUACCUCUCUGCGACCCAACAAAGAUCAAAUCACUGCUUGAUUGAAGGAAAGCUAGGAAGAUUCAAUCUUGAUCUGCCAUCAUUCGUUCUUCAGAAGAAUCUCUGUUCAUCAGAACCCAAGUUAAUAGCAACUCCUCUAUCUUUCUCACCCUGUUCCCCUCCUCGCAGCAAGUGCACACGCUUCAGGACCUUCAGGAGAUGAACUUGCCGGAGCGGGCGGCGCUGCUCACGGAGGCGGCGGGCCUCUCCGGGCCCCAGGAGAACGACGUAGAAUCCGUCCUCGAGAUGAUGCCGACUCUCACCGUCGAGCUCACCUGCGAGACGGAGGGAGAGCAGGAGAUUCAAGAGGGCGACCUCGUCACGCUCUGCGCCUGGGUGACUCUCCGGCGGAGGAACGGCCUCACGGUGGCCCUCCCUCACGCCCCUAACUUUCCCUUCCCCAAGGAGGAGAACUUCUGGUUGCUCCUCGCAGACCCCGCCUCCAACGAAGUCUGGGUUUCGCAGAAGCUUAACUUCUCCGACGAGCCCGCGGCCGCCGGCGCCGCGUCCGCCGCCGUGCGGGAGGCGAAGGAGGCAGCGGGGGCCAGCGCAAAGGAAGUAGGGGCGGCGGUAAAGGAGGCGGUGGGGAAGGUGAAGGCGGGGUCGAGGCUGGUCGUCGGCAAGUUCCUGGCCCCUUCGGAGGGGAGCUACGAGCUCUGCUGCUUCUGCUUGUGCGACGCAUGGAUAGGCUGCGACUGGAAGAGCAGCUUGACGUUGAAGGUUCAGAAGCGCCGCCUGCCGGAGGAGGAGGCCGUCGAAGAGGAAGAAGAGCCCGAAGAGGAGGAUGAAGACUACGAGAGCGAGUACAGCGACGACGACGACGACGACGACGAGCAGGUCCAGAGCAAGAAGGCAGCCAAAGGGAAGAAGAGCUCCGGUGCCGACUGA